AUGACCCUUUAUUGGGAUCUCGAUGAAUGGGCGAACUCUGAACAAGUCUGGGUCGGGAUAUUCAAUAUCUGGAUAGGCUUCUUGGCUCGUUCCACAGAUGGUACGAUCCGAUUUGUGGAUAUGGUGGAUCAUGAUUGGGUCUUGAUCUCGCAUGGUUUCGCACAAAUCGUAGCGUGGAAUGUUCCCAAAGAGGACAAGACUUUCCAAUUCCAGUUUGAGGACACAGCCGACUAUCGUGAUUUCUUGGAGUUAUCAACUCAAGGACAUCGUCGAGUCUAUCUGAUUAGGGACCACAUCGAUGGGAAGAUAGCUGAAGCAUCCAGGCUGGCGGAAUUGCUGGGACCAUGCGUCACAGCUAUUUCUUCCUCCUCAAGAGUGGAUGCAUCCGCUAUGACAACCACUUAA